AUGGUGAAAACGGUGUCGUCGUUGAAUUCGGUGGAUAAACUCUCACAUGGAACGGUUAGUGAAUCCUCAUCCCGCGCGCAAGGUCAGUGCCCGCAACGUGUGUUGCGAGAGUUGAGGGACUACUUGAGCAUAACACCCCACAAUGAGGCAGACGGCUUAACAGAAGCAUAUCUCCUGCGCUGCUUAGAGGCCACCGAACAUUCCAUUCCGAAAACGGUACAACUUCUAAGGCAGCGGCGUGUAUUUGAGCAAACUUUCCCCACCAUUCGGCUGACACCCCAGGUUCUAACGGCUUUACGUAGUGGUGCAAUUUCCACCAUUGGCCGGGACCUGCAAGGCCGACUUGUACUGUAUAUCCACCCAAAGUGCUUUAAGCAGGACCCGCUAGACGAACAGGAAACUCAGCGCCUAUUUGUUAUCGUUAUGGAGUACGCCCUGGGGUGUUGCACAGCGAACCAAGCACCUCAGCAGGUGUUAACGACAGAGUCUCCACGUGUUGUACACACAGAUAGAAGGACUUCUGCUAGUGAAGUGCAGAAGCAACAAAUUGUCGUCCUAGUAAACGAAGAAGGCUCCUCGUGGCAUUCUAGUAAUAUGGCUCUAUCUAGGGCAAAAUCACUGCUUGCGCUGUUGACAAAAUACUACCCUAGGUUGGUUGUGCAAAUACUUCUUUAUCAACCAUCGUGUGAUGUUAAGCUGUUGGUGAAGCAUGUCCUUCCGAGCGGCCCGGCAGCGUCAGGUGCACUGACUGCAGUAGAAGUGGUGACACCGAAUCAUAUUCAAAAGUAUAUUAGUCCCACAACACUUCCUGAGGAACUCGGCGGUACAAGCAAUUUUGUGAGCUCCUCCUCUUCUUCCGCAUUUGCCGAUGCCGUGCUCCGCCACUGGUUUCUGGAAACGAGUUACCUUCUGACGGAAGAUGCCUCGUCACGACCCAUCUGGAAGUUGCCACCGUGCACAGUUGCAGCAGCUGGAUGGUCGAACCUUCUUGCUCGUGCCUCGGCUGCGGCUGUAGCAAAAUGUGGGACAACAAAUUACGUUGCAAUAACUGACGGUAAUGAGGGAGCGGAUUACCAUGUAGAUCCGCUCAGCGGCGAGGUGAACAGGGAGCAACUCCACGCGCGUGUGGAUAACUGGGUGCAGGAGUCCCACGUGAUGUACUCUCGAUGUCGCGGUCAGAUCCGGUGUUCUAGCGCUGAAGCGGAAAAUGAUGACGGCGGCGGCUCGAUCCUCUCCGAUGUGCAUUUUUUGUCCUGCCGUGAAGCGGAGUUAUCGACCUCGGAUGUAUGGUUGGGUGUGGAUGGGUUUAACAGCGCAGCAGAGAGGGAAGCGUUGCUCAGGGAGCUGCAGAAUGAGCGCAAUCGCCGCUUUGCGAUGGAAAAACAACUUUUGAACAGCCGAACGAGCCUUGGCACUACCACCCAGUUGGAUGCGCAGGUGACCGAAAAGAUAGAGGAAGCUCUGAAGACAGCACGUGUGUCGCUGAAUAUGUUAGUUAUGAACGUUGUUGCGUGUGCGCAAGAGUCUGAAGCCUGUGGGAACCCUCCUACACUCAGGCAACUAUUAGAUCUCACCCUCACAACUAUUGAGGGUGGAACGAGUGAAGUGCAGAAAGUUUCAAACAUGAAGUCACCUAAGUUGGUGAAGAAAAAGAAAGAGGACAAAUCCUCCUGUUGUACGGUAAUGUGA